AUGACGUCAAACAUCGCGGAGUCGGUGAAUGCUAUGUUUGAUGCUCAGAGAGAAUUUCUCAUUAUCGCUCUAUUUGAUGAAAUAAAAAGGCUAUUUGCACUUUUAUUUCACCAGAGGCGUAUGGAGCUGGUGAACUCCUCAAAUAGAUUUGUUCCCUCAAUUGAAAAAGACAUAUCAACGUAUGUCAACUCAGGCAACACGUUGUUGGCUCAUCAAAUUACAAACUACAAGUUCAGUGUCACUAGUCACAGUGAUGUUGCUAUGGUGGAUCUACCAAGAAGAACUUGCACUUGUAAAUUUUUUGACUUGGACAAAAUUUCUUGUCCACAUGGCAUGUCAGAGCUUCGAUCUCAAUAUGAUGUGGAUUUUGGAAAUCAGAUUUAUGAGUACUCAUCUACAUAUUAUUUAGUGGAAAAUUACAUAAUUGCAUAUUGUGAGGAAAUUCACCCGGUGCCACCAGAAGAUUCUUUGAAUGUCCCUUUGGAUAUCUUAGAGAGAGAAAUAUCUCCUCCAUAUGUUGAUAUAAGCAAACUUGGAAGAAGGAGAUAUAAGAGAUAG